UUCUCAGUCACUCAAAACAGCAAUACAAAAUACAUAAAAACUACUAUUCAACAAUGUGGCGGACGCAUGCCCAACCCAUUUUUAUAAUAAUAAUAAUGUCCUUUUUGCCAUUUUGUACCAAUGAAGAAGCCAGUCCAGGUUUUCCAUGGUCUUCCACACCCAAACAAGAUGUCGAAAGGCAGGAUCAAUCGAUUCAAGCGCCAUCUGCGACAUUCUUAUAUUCUGCGAAGAAACGACCAGUUCUGGUUCGAAGUCACUGCGACAAUCGCCUGGCCUUGUACAUGGGGUGAAUCAUUUUGCGUUUACUAGGAUAGCUUGCAACUUUUUCCAACCUUGUUUAGCACAGUGGUUUUCUUGAAAAUGUUCCCGCCUCAUUUAUCAUUUCUAAUAACAGGAAGUGGAUCCUCAUUACCAGGGCAUUAUUUGAGGAAUCAGCCACUCCACUCGAAUAUAAAGGGGCUGGUGUGAGUCUCUGCACAAAUUUCCCUCAACCCACCGAUGUGUAACUUCUCUCUAUAAUUUGUUAUAGUCAUGAAUAUAUAACAAGAUUGUGCUCCUACUUUUAAAUACACUAUAUUUAGCCUAUUACCGAUAUCUUGCCUCAUUAAUGUUUAUUGAAAUUCAUAACAACUUCUCAUAUUUGUAGAAGCUUCAGGGGUCGGUGAGUUCAGCAGCUUUUGUGUUGGACAACCUUGCAAUUGUGAUCGACGGAAAGUUGUACUUAUACUCUCUAACUAAAGGGACAUGGACUCCUGCUCAAGGAGUGAAAUCCAUGGUGUCUACUGUAUCUGCACUACAGUGCUGCUUCAGCAAAGACAAGGCCUGCAUGGAUGUGAGCUCUUGUGUUCUGCUGUACAAUCUGGGGAGUGCUCUUGACGACCAACAGGUCUACAUGUCCUCGAAUGGAGGCAAUUCCUUUUUUAACCUCCCUAUGGCCCCCAAGGCAACGGAAUUUAUCAUAGGGGUAUUCAACAUGCCCACUGUGUCAAGCAUCGUGGCUAUGUUAGCAGACAACCAAAGAAAGUUUUCUUUCCGGCACAUUUCCGGAAAUCGUUCGGUACAGACAGACAAUCACCCCAUGCGAGACCCACUGUCCAGCAUCCAUGUGAUCCAGCCAGCAGGCAUGAGAGGCCACCUCAUCAUCUGGUCUCCACACAUGCUGCUCUACUCACCCAACCAUGGCAUUGUGAUUGUGCCAGUGUACAUUAUGGGAGAAGAGAAUGCCACCCUCCCGCCUCCUAAAGUCACCAUUUUACAGGUGGCAACAGACGACAAUGGUGCGAUGGCUGUUCUCACCAGCGACGGGGUACUGUAUUAUGGCAGGGCUGGACUGGAGGCAACUACAGUAAGGUUUGCGUCUGUCAUUGACCUGUCCAAGGACAACCUGAUGCUGUUCAGUGACUAUGGGGACCUGAUGAUGAUCCAAGCCCGUGAGGACCUGCUGCUUAUAGGGGUGGACUUUGACCAUAAAGUUAUCAUUGUCCAGCAGGAGCUAACACGUACCACACCACCUGUUCAGUCCUGCCCAGUGGAGCAGUUCCACAGCACGUUUGCAGGGGAGCUCUUCUACAUCGACAUGGGCAGCACCGUCCACCUGUCUGCUGUCUACAUCCCAUCACCUCUUUGCAAAUUCUUCCCCCUGGUGACAGUUACAGAGUCUAAGCUUCUGUCCUUAGAUGAGAAGUGUGUAGAGGACGGCAUUACUACGGAAGGCACCAAGAAAUACCGCCUGGACAUUGAAUUGAAGCAGUUGUUCUUUAUGGAGGCAGCAGACGGAACCCUGAAGCCAAGUUCCAGUCUACGUAAAGGCAGCCUCUCCACAGUGGCAGUAGACCUGAUGGGAAGAAACGUGUCCUGCAAAGACUUCAACCCCUGAAAGCUCACAUUCUCAUUGGAUGCCCUCCUGGAAAGCAUACCCGAGUUCUUAAGGACAUAACCACUUGCACUAAAGGCACGUUCACUCAAGAGCAGCUUCAGGACAACUUCUCUUACGUCAUCCCCAAAGCUGUGUAUGACCCUCAGCACCUGUUCCGGCCUGGCUCUGCCUCCAGUGACCUGCACAUCUCCUACAGCAUCACAGACUACUUCUGCCCCUUACUGGUCUAUCACGACACCCCCUGGAUACCCUCCCUGGAGCUGUGAGUGACCCACAAAACCCACAAAAUACACACACGGGCAACCCCUUAACAGCUGUUACUGUAGAACCUUCAGUGUAAGAAAUGUGUCAUCUCUGUGAAGUGGAGUUCAGACAGACCCUUGAUAUAACUACAUGACACACACACAAAGACCAUAGAACAUCAUGGCACUCCAUCACAGAGCAACAAUGCCAGUGCCAACCCACCACACAGCCUUUUCUAGAGCAGGUGAACAUGGCAUGCAUAACUACCAGUACCUACAAACUCGCCCUGACCCUUUGCAGCUGGAACGGUAAUGAGUUUGUGGAGCAGGUGAGCGCUGACUUUGUGAUGUUCGAAGUGAACGGCAUGUAUAACUACCAGUACCUCCAGUCGGUCGAGGAUGCCAAGUGCGUCUCCCAGCCCCAGAACUGGACGUCUC